AGAUGUUUUAUUUUGAUAGUUCCUAUUUUCAUACGAAAUUCCUAAGGAUAUUCCUUAGCGACAAGAUUUUUAAAGAUAAGAAUUGUAAAUUUUUAUUAUUGUUAUUGAUGGUGAUGUAUCAAAUUACAGACAGAUAAAUCUACUACAGAAGUAUUUAAAGAUAAACAUAAUUAUUUAUUGAGUCUAGCAUUACUCGAAAAGUUAAUUACAUUCUUAGAUUAAGGUAGUGUAAUAAUGUAUUCCACGAAAUUUAGCAUAACAUGUAUUUUUAUUUUUAACGUUUUCUGUAAUAUUCAAUUUAUAUUUGCGCAGGAUUCAACAUAUACUGUUACUGUAGUCGAGUAUGGACCCAAUCUAAACUAUUCUUUAUCUCCUGAAGAAAGAUUAGAAUUUAACACAAGAAACUAUGUUGAUAUUAUUGCUAAAGCGACAGAAAACAAGGAUAUGGAUCUAAUUAUUUUUCCAGAAUCUACACUAACGUACCUUAACAGUUAUGCCACUACAGCAGCCACACUACCACCUUUAUACGACGUAGUUUUAUGCAAUUAUAGUGAAGACAGCUAUUCGAAAUUUCUAGAAGAGUUUUCCUGUGCAGCAAUAAAAUACAACGUUACAAUUGUUAUCAAUUUAACAGAAAAAGAUAAAUGUGACACUAGCACGAACUGCGAUGAAACUGAUCACAUAUUUUAUAAUACCAACGUUGUGUUUGGUACCAACGGUAGCCUGUUAGCUAGGUAUCGAAAAUUUAACCUAUUUGGAGAAUAUGGCAAGAGCAAACCUGCUUAUCCGGAUAUUUCAAUCUUCAAAAUUCGAAACUCCUCAUUUGGACUCAUGACAUGCUUUGACAUUCAGUUUACUACGCCAGCGUUCAAUCUAACACGUCAACAUCAGGUUGAAAAUAUCAUAUUUCCUUUGAAUUGGAUAUCAGAGUUACCCUUUUUAACAGCGUUGCAAACUGAACAGAUGUGGGCACAGGAGCUCGAUGUGGUGCUUUUGGCUUCUGGAUCUAGUAAUCCUAGUAGGGGAGCUGGUGGAUCUGGGAUAUUUUUAGGAAAAAAUGGUCCUUUGGAACAAGUCAUUCUAAGCAACUCCAGUACCAAAAUACUUUCACAUCAAGUUUCAAAAGAUGCCAUAUCUACUAAUAUAUCUCUUGUUGAAGGUACUAACGAUACUGACGUUGACAAUAUUGCCAAAACCUUGGAUGAUUUUUUUAUGUUAGUAGACCCAACGAUUGCAGAACAUAAUUUUAAAGUAUUAAACACUAACGAAAAUAGCGUUACGGAAACGGUUUGCCAUGGAGAUGAAAUAAAUGUUCUGUGCUGUAAUUUUAAUGUAUCAGUUACAGUGAACGAGAAGAUAGAAAAUAAUAAUGAUUAUGACAGUUAUACUUAUUUAUUAGUAGCUUUCAGCGGAGUUAGAACUUUCUCUGGAUUUUACUAUGGAGGAAUUGAACAAUGUGGCGUGGUAGCUUGCUUAAAUGAAACAGUUUCUUCUUGUGGACGAAGGUUUAGUAAUUACUCUAACGUAAUUUGGCCACUAACAAUCAAUUCUAUCAAUAUAACUGGUAAUUUUUCAUCGUCAGAAAACAAAAUUCAAUUUCCAACGACAUUGCUGAGUUCCAUUCAUCCGCUGCCCGUAUCUCAUUAUACCUGGGAUUAUGAAACUAGGGACUCUCAGAUUAUAAAACGGUUAGAGUUAAAUAAACCACAAAGCAGACUUUUAGCUUUUGGUAUAUACGGAAGAGAUUUUAGUAGAGAUUGGGAUCCAUUAAGGAAUAAUACUGGAAAUGACGGAAGUGGCAGUAAUGUUGUGAAGGGUAGCCUGAUGUCACUGUUCUUGUUAGUUGUUGUAUCAUUAAUUUUAUAAAUAAAUAAGUAUUUUCAUCAAA